AAUAGUUGUAUAUAUACACCAGAUGAACUUCAUAUUAACUCCAAGUUUUGAAUGGUUUUACCUGCUCAUUUCUAAAUUGAUUUGAGUCCUAUCACCUGGGAUUGAUAUGGAGCUGGCGGCUGAUAUCGACACAACUUUCACCUUCCAUGGUCCCCUUACCGUGGCGGCAGAGCCCAAUGCUUUGGGGACGUAUAGUGAUCCAGCUUUGGAAGGUCCGGAGGGUAUGUCGCUGGAUGCGUUGAGUGCCGCAUGGGAUGAAUGGGAGAAAGAACGGGUUGAGGAAGCAGCUGCAGAGGAUAUGGACGGAGCUAUUGAUCCAGAGCUUCUCGAUGCUGCUGCCGAUGUCAACAAGAAGAAUUAGUGGGUCAUGAUUCGACUGCUGAGCAACCAGAGUGGACAGUGGA